GUGGCUCAUUCACAAUCAUUCUUCAGUAUGUGGUGGUUGGUCUUGUUAGCAGUAGGAGUUGGUGCGGACUUGCCCACGUUGGACAACACCAAAUGGGGGUGUGAUGAUGGCCCUGAGGGGGAGAUCACGCCGUUCAAAAAUCACAUUUGAUGAUGAGAUGAUAGCUGAUCUGCGCAUGCGUCUCUCCAACCACCGCCGCCCUGUUCCAACGUUUGAAGGCGUGAACCAUCGCUACGGGUUCAAUUCCUACGACCUGGAGCGCUGGAUACAGUACUGGAGAGAGGAGUACGACUUCAAGAAACGUGAGGAGGCGCUCAACAAGUACCCUCAGUACAAAGUCAGGGUGCAGGGACUGAACAUACAUUUUAUUAAAGUGGAACCGGUGAAUAAAACCAAGAGGAAAGUCACACUGCUACUCCUUCACGGAUGGCCAGGAUCCAUCAGGGAGUUCUAUGACGUCAUCCCAGGCUUGGUAGCUGACCACGACUCCAGAGACUUCGCGAUUGAAGUCAUCAUUCCCAGCUUACCUGGAUUUGGGUUUUCUGAUGCUGCCUGUAUCCCCGGUCUAGGAGGGGUUGAAAUGGCAGUCGUGUUGAGAAAUGCGAUGAAGAUCUUGGGAUACGAAAAGUAUAUAGUCCAGGGGGGUGACUGGGGAUCUUACAUCGGAUCUGCUAUGACCACAAUGUACCCUAAGGUAAGGUAACUGAAACUAAUAAAU